AUGGAACAGUUUGAGAACAUCCGCAACGAUCUUCCCGGUCAAUAUGGUUUGCCGCUCCGGCGAUAUUAUAAAGGAGAGCGCCGUUUCUGCUUCAAACGAGGUUCUGAUAGAGAGACCCCUGUCCAAAACCCCUCCAGUCAGCAGGUUAUGGGAGAGAAGCUGCUUGCAUCGACAUACCUAGAGACUGUUCUGUCCCCUCAUGGCUGGCAUCUGAAAGCCUAUCUAGCUUUCAAGAAGCACAACUGGAUGACCACUGGGGCUAAUGAUUUUUGUCAUUUCCUGUAUUGUGAUUUUUAA